AUGUGGGAGGGUGCUCUGCUGUUCCUGUACCGCUACAUUGUAAUUGAUCAUCAAAUUACAAUGUAAAUCAUAAUCGGAACAUUAUUUUCAAACGCAGAACAUAUUAGUCAUGUCAUAUCCACCACCUGGAAUACCGGGUGGCAAUGAAUCAACGAAUGCAUGGUUUGCUAUCUAAAUAUCAGGCGCUGUCAAUGUAGGAUAUCCGGAAGAAUUCAGGGAGGCUUGCACGAGCCAGUGCGGUGUUGACGUAAGAGCUAAAGCCAUUUCAAGCGAUGUCUAAGGACCCUCCUCCAAGGUGACAAACAUCCAAUCAAAGACUAGCAUGUGAGAAGAUGGACAUCCCAGCAGCCAAUCAGAGCUACGGACAUGGCGGGCAGCCCGGGGUGUGUCAUAAUGGCUGGUCAGCAGCCCCACCCCCUACCGGUCUUGGAUGUACCGCUGCCCAAGGACUCUCCAGUGACCCUCUACCCAGCUUACAGGGUCUGAACCUGUGCCGAGCCUCACACCAGAGUCCCUCUAAUAACAUCCCUCCACCCAUGGUUCAGUUACAGUACUCACACCAGGGCUGUCUCAGCAGUCUUCCUACGAACCAAGGACCUUCAGCUCUUUUACCAUGCCUGAAUCAAGAUCCUCACAUACCACACUCAAACAUGGGUCCUUAUAUUUCCCACAACAGCCCUCCACCAUCAACACUCCUACCUCUGAAACAAGGACCACCACCUAGCGGACCUCCAUCCAUGAUACCUUCUACAAACCAGGGUCCCCAGAAUACUGUCGCUCCUCCAGUCUCUUCCUCAUCUCCAUAUCCGUAUCCAAACCAAGGCUUUGUGAAUGGCCCUCCAGUGACGUUGACGAGUCCAAACCAAGGCUUUGUGAAUGGCCCUCCAGUGACGUUGACGAGUCCAAACCAAGGACCUCCCAACAGCAGUUUUUCAACCAUGUCACCAUGUGGGAACCAGGGCCAACAGUGUUCACACCGUUAUCCUCCACAACUCACCUCACCAGUCCAGCAGCAACCUCAAUGGGCCCUGCCUCAGCAACACUAUAACCACAGUGGUGUAAUGUACAAGCCUGGUGCCACCUCUCAACCUGUACAGGAUGGUACCAACAUGCAACCAUCCUGUCCGUCUCCAGGGGACAGUGGGGUGUCCAGCCCAAGCUCACCUAGCUCAGAGUCACGCUAUGGCCUACACCCUCAGCUUCUACCCAGCGCUGUGCGUGUGAUGGAGGAGGACAGGACAGCAUGGGAGGGGAAGGUGUUUGUGUCUAAACCCAACUCCUCUCUACCUCCGCUGGCUACCACAGACUGUGUCAUGGAGGACAGAGGUAACUGCAGUCCUCGGUUCAUCCUUUCUACCUCCUACUGUGUUCCGUGUGAGGGCCAGACGGCCCUCCAGAGCCACCUACCCCUGGGGGCCCUAGUCGCCCCUCUGGCUAGGCUACACACAGGAGAGCGCCCCCUGUCUGUGUGUAUGGAGGCAGACACUGUAAAGGGCUGUGGGGAGUGUGGGGCCUACAUGUGUUCAGCUAUGGGAUGGCAGGACUGUGGACAGAGAUUCUACUGCCCAUUCUGUGGGAAACUCUGUGAAGUUGGUUGGCAGCAUUACCAGCCCACAUUGGGAGUAGAGGGGAACAGAGUGGACAGAGAGCAGAGACCUGAGCUCAGUCUGGGCUCCUAUGAAAUACUGGACAGUCAACAGGAUGUGCCUGCUGCUGUGUUGCUCCUGGCUGUUGAUGUGUCUGCUGCAGCUCUGAGAGGAGGACAACUGGAGCUCAUCAGUCAGCAGCUACUUUCUCUACUCACAUCACUAAACCGGGAGGAAGGUGCGGUCCAAUCAGAUGUCCGUGUGGGGUUGAUGACCUAUGACAGCCGGAUCCACCUCUAUGACCUCAGCCCUGCCCUGUCCCGCCCACACAUGCUGGUUGUCACGGAGACAGAGGACCUGCAGCUUCCUGUGAGGGAGGGGCUUCUGGUGCCACUCAAAGACUGCAUAGACAGUAUCGACAGUGUUCUGCAGCGUAUCCCUCUGUUCAGUGCAGAGUUUGAGGAGGCCAGUGGAGUUCUUUUGGAGCUGCCUGUCAAGGCUGGACUGGCCAUUCUAAAGGAGGUGGGUUGUCCUGGCAAGCUGCUGGUCUUCCACACCGCUCCCUUCACCGAGGGAACACACACACACAACUCCUCUGGUUUCUUCAGCUCCAACAAACCAAAGUCUCUGUUUCAGCCCCCGGACCAUGCUGUCUCAUUGGCUAAGGAGUGUGUCAGUCAGGGCUGUGGUGUGCACCUGUUUGUGUUCGCCCAGCAGAAUGUGGGCGGGGCUUGGCCGGGACAUGUUCCUUACCUGACAGGUGGAGAGCUGCACUGCUACCACAGUCUCCAGGGAGAGUUGGACAGGGAGCGUUUUAAUAGUGACCUGAGGAGGACUGUAGAGACAGAGACGGGCUAUAGGGCCACACUCAGUGUACACGUCAGUAAAGACCUGCGUGUGUCAGGGUGUUAUGGCUCGUUCGUCCCUGGGCCCAACCCCGCCCACGUCGCCAUGGCAACCCUUGAUUGGCGGACAACGCUGGCCGUUGAGUUAACACACAGCAGAGCUCUGGACGAGAAGAGGGGCGUGGUCGUACAGACGGUCCUGUCCUACACCAGCCAGCAGGGAGAGAGGAGGACCAGGGUCCACAGUCUGUCUCUGUGCUGCUCACGCCACCUACUGGACACCUUCUGUAACUGCCAGGCCCAGACCCUGCUCACCUUCUACUGCAAGAAGAUGUACUGUGCGGUGUUGGAGCGUCCUCUACAGGAGCUGAGAGAGGAACUGCAGACAGAGGUAACAGAGGCUCUGGCCUGCUAUAGGAAACACUGCAGCUCCUCCUCUGUGUCCCCGGGACAGCUGAUCCUACCCCAGUACCUGAAGGCCCUGCCAGUCUACCUCAACAGCCUGAGGAAGAGUGAAGUUCUGCUACCCGGCCUCCGCAGCUCAGUACACCAACGCCUGCAGCUCCGCAGCCAAGUGGUCUCCAUGGAUACCAAGACCACAGCAGGACACUUCUACCCUCUGUUGCUACCACUACCAGUAGGUGACGAUACCUCCAGCCCUCCCUGUCCUCUCAGCCUAGGGGAGGCUGUUCGCUGCACUGCUACUAGCCUGGACCCUGGAGGUCUCCACCUGGUCCACGGACCCCUGGUCCUGCUACUCUGGGUGGGCCACAACAUCUCCAACACCUCCCUGGUCCAACUCUUCAACAUCACCUGUCUGUCCACACUACCCUCUGGAGAGACGAAGCUGCCUGUGCUGGACAACCCACUGUCUGUCAGUGUGAGGUCACUCAUCGACACCCUGAACUCACAGACACCCUAUACCCGCAAGCUGCGUGUGGUGAAGCAGGGGGACAGCUGUGAGGAGGCUCUACAGCGACUUCUGGUAGAAGAUAAGAGUCCCAACGGGGGAGCGAGCUACGCUGACUUCCUGUACCACCUCCAUGUCAACUCUAUACGACUGCUGGUUCAUUAGGUGUAAAAUGUUUUGAACUGGAAACGCAAGCAUGGGUUUUUUUAUUGGACAAGUCCAGUUAAUCCCUCCAUGUUUCAAUCAGCUUUUCUUCUGUUUGGUGCCUAAUGAACAUGACCCUGGUGUUUUCUAGCCCUGGAUGGUCAGCAGUAUGGGCAGGAGUUUUAUCACAUCGACCACCCUCUCCCGAACAAAUCUGAAUGAUCAUAACCUUAUUUGACUUACAGUAUGCAACUGGUUGUUGUACUUGAGGCCAUCAGCAAAUGGUGAUGUCUUAUUAGUUUGACUGUUGUAUUAAUAACUUUUGACAUGUUUACGUUAAAGCUGUGUGUGUGUGUGUGUGUGUGUGUGUGUGUGUGUGUGUGUGUGUGUGUGUGUGUGUGUGUGUGUGUGUGUGUGUGUGUGUGUGUGUGUGUGGGUGGGUGUAUAAACUGUUGACUACUGUUAUUAUCUCUGACUGUUAGUAGUGUAGCUGAUUGUCAAGGUCUCUUUGUCAUCUGGAUAAAGACAGAAGUGUGUACUUGAUAUGUUAAUUAAUGUGUGUGUGUGUGUGUGUGUGUGUGUGUGUGUGUGUGUGUGUGUGUGUGUGUGUGUGUGUGUGUGUGUGUGUGUGUGUGUGAACGUGUGCACAGCCCUCUACUGUACUGACAAAUAGCUGAAAUAAACAUGACUUUUAUGUAGAGAAUCAUAUAAAAUGUAAUUCAAUUUCGUAACCUUUUACUGCAGAGGGCUAAAUCAGGGUCACACAGAGUGUUUCUUGGUAGUCUUAAACAAAUCUACUUUGAGACAAAAGUAUACACCUC